GUAAAGUGAGCUUAAUUUGAAAAUUACGUGACCGCUGACACCAAUAGCGAAGAGAAGCGUAGAUAAGCUAAGCGAGGAGAAGCGUAGAUAAGCAAAGCGAGGAGAAGCGAAUAAAUAAAAUUAAGGCUAGGACCCACAGAGCCACUAGCGAAGAUUUUGACCACUAGAGUGGCAUUGUCGAGGGCCGCUCAAGUCCGUCACUUGGCACAUGCUCAGCGGCCUCCCGCCGUGAAAUAGCUCCAGCAAAAUGACAGUCAGACAACGGCAUCACCCAGGACUGAGUAGGCAGAGUCAUCGAUCAGUUACAUGCGGCAGGAUGUGCGCAGGAGUGAUGGCGCUGUUCCUGGUUCUGCUGGCCCUGGCACAGGAGGCAGUGGGACACACGGACUGGAUGCAGAGUUGCAGCAAUUGCCACUGUCACUGGAAUUCGGGUAAGAAAAGCGCCGACUGUAAAAAUAAGUCGCUGGCCAAAAUACCGCAGGAUAUGAGCAACGAGAUGCAGGUUGUAGACUUUGCUCACAACCAGAUUCCGGAGCUGCGCCGCGAGGAGUUUCUGAUGGCGGGGCUGCCGAAUCUCCACAAGGUGUACCUGCGCAACUGCACCAUUCAGGAGGUGCACCGGGAGGCGUUCAAGGGUCUACAUAUUCUGAUCGAGCUGGACAUUUCCAGCAACCGUAUUCGGGAGCUGCACCCUGGCACGUUUGCCGGAUUGGAGAAGCUGCGAAACGUGAUCAUCAACAAUAACGAGAUCGAGGUCAUGCGAAAUCACCUGUUCGUCAACCUUAGUUACCUGUCGCGGAUCGAGUUCCGCAACAAUCGCCUCAAGCAGGUGCAGCUUAACGUUUUCGUGGGCUCCCUGCCCAUUAGCGCCAUCUCGCUAGAGCAAAACCAGCUAACACACCUGCACAUGGAGACUUUCAAGGACCUGCAAAAGCUCAUGCACCUAUCACUGCAGGGCAACGUCUGGAACUGCAGCUGCGAACUGCAGGCUUUUCGCGACUAUGCCAUCGCUAAGCGCCUCUACACUCCCCCUACCGACUGCCAAGAGCCACCUCAGCUGCGCGGCAAACUGUGGAGCGAGGUGCCCUCAGAGAACUUCGCUUGCAGGCCUCGCAUUCUCGGCACGAUUCGCUCCUUCUUCGAAGCUAACCAGGACAACAUCACUCUGCCCUGUCGAAUAGUGGGCACUCCGCACCCAAACGUCACGUGGAUAUACAACAAGCGGCCCCUCAACCUCAAUGAUCACCGAAUCCAAGUGAUAAACUCACUGGAACAGCUACCCCUCCAGCAGCUAUCGCAGGUUAUGACUUCCGAGCUGCGCAUAUUCGGCGUGCGUGCAUCAGACAAAGGAUCCUAUAUCUGUGUGGCUGAUAACCGAGGUGGCAAGGCGGAGGCCGAGUUCCAGCUGCUUGUUGAUGGCGACUAUGUUGGAGCGGCUUCCGCUUCCGACGGCCUGGGCGGUCUAGGUAUGAGCGGUGCUAUUGGCGCCUCCACCAGCGAUCCUCAGACGAAUGUGUUUCUGAUCAUCUGCCUAAUCACAACCACUCUGCUCGUGGUUCUAAUUGUCGUUGUACUGACUCUGUUCUGGUACUGCCGACGCAUUAAGACCUACCAAAAGGACACCACCAUGAUGAGUGCGGAUGGCCUGAUAUCCUCGAAGCUGGACAAGACCCACAACGGCUCUAUGCUGGAGGGCUCCGUCAUCAUGGAAAUGCAAAAGAGUCUUCUCAACGAGGUAAAUCCAGUGGAGAAACCACCCAGACGAACAGAUAUCGAGAGCGUUGACGGCGGCGACGAUGGACACGAGAUCAAGAAGACUCUUCUCGACGAAACAGUUUAUGUGGCAAAUCAUUCGCGGGACGAUGAGACGCAUUCGGUGGCAUUGUCGGACACGACAGCCACUCCCCGCUCCAGGCACACCUACGUUGACGACGCAUAUGGAAACGGUCUGCCGCCGGAUCUGCUCGCUUUCCCAGCACGCGUGCCACCCACCUCCCCUUCCAUGCAGUCAUCUCAGUCCAACAUACCGGACCAAGUCCUCUACGGAAUACGGUCCCCGCCACUAACUAGCCCCGUAUACGCACACAUGACGCCCCACGGCAUCUACGGAACCACCACAAUUUCGGCGACCACUCAUAACGGCUUCAUGACACUGCAGCACCCCAGGUCACGAAACCUGGCGCUAAUUGCCACUGCCAACAGCUCCCGACAGCAGCAGCAAAUGGCUGCCGCUCUGCAACAUCAGCAGGCCGCUGCGUCCCCGUUCCUUCCAGCCCCAGUGGUGUACUCGCCGACCACGGCUGUGGUAAUGAAACAGGGCUACAUGACCAUUCCACGUAAGCCACGUGUGCCCAGUUGGGCUCCCAGCACGUCGGGAGUAUCAUCCCACCCUGGAACUCAGCUUAGCGAGUUUCAGUCGCCUACUUCGCCCAAUCCGAGCGAGACAGGGACUGCGACCACCGCGGAGCUGCAGGUCGAGCCCGUCUAUGACAACCUGGGGCUACGCACCACUGCAGGCGGCAACUCGACGCUGAAUCUGCACAAGGCUCUUGGAGCCCAGGGAGCCCAGCAGCAGUACUCGAUGCGCGAUCGUCCCCUCCCCGCCACCCCCAGCCUCACGUCAGUGGCCUCAGCGGCAAAUGCUAGCAAGAUCUACGAGCCCAUUCACGAGCUGAUCCAGCAACAGCAGCAUCAACUGCAACACCAUUAUCCCUCAGAAACAGAGUCUCUGUAUGGGGUGAAACACCAUGGGAUUACUAUACUUCCGGGGGCCAGCAUUAGUGGGGCUGGCCUGGGUCACUCCGGCCCCCUUUCACCCUCGAUGGCGAAAUCAGUGUCCCCUACACACGCCAGCGUCGGCAGCUCCGGUUCACCGAAGAUGGCUAAGAUACCACCAAGACCACCACCGAAGCCCAAGAAGAAGAUGUCCGUAACGACGACGCGCAGUGGGCAGGGCAGCACAAGUCAGCUGUUCGACGACGAGGGCGAGGAUGGUACCGAGGUUUAGUUUGACAUCACGAGGAACUCGACAAUGAAAUGGAAUGGGAAAUGCCCUGUACACCCGCAGAAAUAUAAACCGAAUCCUCUACGUACAAGCUAGAAGCGACGAAGCAGUCGUCACUGUAGCAUACGCAUAUGAAGACACCGGCAUCAGAGUUAGUAGCAGCAGGUGGCUGAGUGUGCAAACACCUGCUUCUCAAACAGCUAACUGGAGCAGAAACAAAAAAAAAAAACAGGAGCACCUGCCUCUUCUCCUGUCUGCACAAACACCCGGUGACCUGCACAUCUCCCAUCUGCCCUUGGCUGCUCCGAAAUGCACGCUAUUCGCGUGACGUGUGUGCCAAACGACUGAUGUAGAAUUUAGUAAUUACACCGAUAAACAUUCGACUCUGCACGACCAUACAAUAGCAAACAGAAAACCGCAGCUGAGAAACAAAAGCAGCCAAUAUAACCGAAAACCAGAACAUCAAAUAUAUAUAUACUUAGAAGAACCCAGAUGGAAACCAAGUACGCAAGGAUGUGUAUUAUGUGUCGUCCCGAGCGCUGGCAGAAAGAACCAUUUUAGCAUUAUCUAAUCCCAAAUACAGAUAUAUGUAUGAACCCAAAUAAGAAAAGUAAAUUUUUUUUCCCAUUAGGCUAGUUUGUUUGAUGCAAACAUAUACAUACAAAGAUAUAAAAUAAUAAUAAAAACUACACAAAAACGGAAAAUUUUAUAAAAGGAACAUCUUAUCUAUAAGCCAUUUUAUUUGAUCGGAAGCAUUAAAAACAUUAAAGGAUAUCGAAACCCAAUUAACUUUUUUUUUUAUUUAUAAAUAAAUUUUAUAAAAAACAUUUAAAGAAUUGUAUAAUAGUAAUGCAUACAGUUAAAAACUAAGUAAUAACUAUUUAUAUAUAAAUAAUACACAACUAAGGCGUACACAUAUGUACAUAUUUAUGUUUGUAUGUACAUACGUAUAUGCAAACAAAAUUUUUAAAUUGAAACUUUCUUUGAAAUGUUUGAAAUAAGAAGAAGUACAUAAAGAAGUACAUUUGUAUAUGCAUAGGGAAGUAUGUUGAGCACAUAAUGUAUUAUUGUAAGGAGUUUGCACUCGCAACUAAAACAAAGGACGAUGUAAUUGAAAUACAUGCAUAUGUAAAUACAUGUACUUGUGAAUGUAUUUCUAUGCAGAAUAUUUAUAUAAUUUCCAAUCC